UCACCUGGUUGUUAUGGUUGUCACACCAGACCUCUGCAAACCUUCUGCUUUUCUUUUAAUGGCGAGCGCGAGCUAGUUAGCUAAAUGACCCCUCUCCUCUCUGUGUCUGCUGGCUGCAGCUCAGCGGCCAGCUAGCCAGCCUCAGCCUUCAGCCUUCAGACGAAUACCUCUGCUACUAGACGGUUUCCCAGGUUGAACCGUGUCUCAAAUGGUCACUACUACAAAGCUUAGCAUGCACUAAAAUCAUUCGCAAAAGCAGUGUUUCCCAUUCAUAGCAAAUAGGGUGCUGAAGCUGUUAAACCAAAGAGGAGGGUUUGGUUGCAGAAAGGUAGCUGCUAGCUGGCUAACUAGCUGCUAGUGCAGGAUCCUGAUAGCUUAGCCACCUCCUCUGAUAACAAGAUAACCAGCUGUUAGUUCAUAUCAAAAUGAAGGUGCAUGCAUUACAUUUUGAGUUAAUCCCGGUAUGGGGGACAUGAAGACCCCAGAUUUUGAUGACCUGUUGGCAGCAUUUGACAUUCCUGACAUAGAUGCCAAAGAGGCCAUCCAGUCUAACCCAGAUGAGGCAGAGGGACCCCAUGGAGCUGCAGGUGCACCUCUGGGAAAGUCGUCAGACAGCGUGGUGGGGGGCGUUGGGUCAUCCUUGAGACCGCCGAGCCCCUCGGACCCCCAGGCGGACACCCCGAUUGUUAGUGUGAUUGUGAAGAAUAAAGUGCGCCUCGAGACUGCAGAUGGAGAGGAGGGAGACGCAGACCAGGACCCUAUCGAUGUGAUCGCAGGGGUGGAUGUGGGUCCCAGACUGGGUGCGUGUGCCCCCGGAAUGGCCGAGUCUGAGGCUCUCAACCACAACGGUUUCGGGGCGUCUGGUGUCUCCACUCCCCUUCCCCUCAGCCAGACCCAGUCGAACGGAGCGCCGUGGUCGAUAAACACCCCUAAAGUGACUUCAGAAGCACCGAGUGCUGGUGCAGCCAAGUCUCACAAGCAGGGCGGGAACAUUUUCAACAGACUUAAACCGCUCGUGGCACAGGGGUCUGGAGAUCCAGUGGGCCGGGCCAGGAAGAUGCAGCUUCUACAGCAGCAGCACCAGCAGCAGCAGGAUACAGGCCAAGAGAGGGCAGACGGUGUCAAAGCAUCGUUACCUUCAUCUUCCUCUCUGUCAGCUGGGUCGUCUCCUCUGGCUGCAGGCGGGGCCGUCGGACUAGCCUCGCCUUUCUUUCCCCCUUCCAAGCCUCUGCUUCCCACUCCGCCCUCCGCCCUAUCGUCACACCCGCUGCACUCAUCUCAGCCUUUUAACGGAGCUCCCAAAGGUGGCCCUGCUGGAUUUCAGCACCAGCAGAUGGAGGAGGACGAUUCUGACCCUGAUUUGGGGAGUCCACUGGUGAUCCAGGAGAGCCCGGACUCCCCGACUUGCACUCAGCUGAGCCGACGUUACAAGUCUGACUCGACGCAGCCCACAUCUUCUACUGCGUCUCACCCUAAACCUGGUGACACUCCUUCAGGGGCAUCUCUGACUUCAUCAACACCCCAGUCCGGCUCAACGGAGAGUCCCCAGCUGGAGGACAGGCAUCCAGAACACGUCAUAGAAGAGAGAGACUCACCAGAGAGUCCCGAACCAGAGAUGCCAAAAUCAACUACUCAAGUCGCAGCCAAGAGGUGCUCCAGCCCCGCGGUGGCCUCCACUCCGCCUCCUUCUGAACUGCGGGAGCCCAAAGAGGAGGAGGAAGAGAUGGAAGUGGGGAACGGGAUAGAGAAGGUCGCCGAUGGCAAAGCCGACAAGGGAGAAAAUGGGAGAACAAGUGAGGAGAAGAUGGAGGUAGACGACGGCAAGCCUAAACCUCCGUCCACUGACGGAGGAGAAGCAGGCGUUGCCGCACCGGCUGCUUCUGGAGCUCCAGCCCGACCCCUCAAAGUCAGAAUAAAAACAAUUAAAACCUCCACAGGUGGAAUCACCAGAACUGUCACGAGGGUGGCGCCUAAAGGUGGUGCUGCAGGAAAAGGUUUGGACCCUAAAGCUCAAGCUGGGGAACGUAAGGUGUUAGGAAACAAAGCCCAAAAACUUGAAGCUCCCCCAAGUCACAUGACGACAACUUCCCAGAAAGUAAGUGCUCUCAAUGCCCUGCCCGUGUCUACGCUCGCAGCCAGCAGCGUCAUGCUCGCUGCCGCCACAAAGGUCCAAAAUAAAAUGGCCGCUUCUGACAAGGCCAAGGUUUCUGCCACCGCCGUUAGCAUCACUAAAUCUGCCGCCCUGCCUGCAACUCCCGCCGUGGCCUCCUCUCCCAAGUUCUCAGUGGCUGCCGGUGGGAUCAGUGUACGUACAUCCACUAAUAAGACAGCUAACGGAGGCAGCGGCACCAUCAUAGGCGGCACCCUCCAGCCAAACAAACCGGCCUCCAUUGUCAAUAGCACAGGUGCCGUGAUCUCCCGCAGCCAGUCCAGCCUGGUGGAGGCUUUUAACAAAAUCCUGAACAGUAAGAACCUUUUGCCGAGCUACAAGCCCGACCUCUCGGCACCUCCACCACCCGAGUGGGGUCUGCCGCUCCCGGCCACGGGGUACCGCUGCCUGGAGUGCGGGGACGCCUUCGCCCUGGAGCGCAGCCUGGCUCGACACUACGACAGACGAUCACUCCGCAUCGAGGUGACCUGCAACCACUGUGCUAAGAGGCUGGCCUUCUUCAACAAGUGCAGCCUGCUGCUGCACGCCCGGGAGCAUAAGGAGCGUGGGCUGGUCAUGCAGUGCUCACACCUGGUCAUGAGGCCUGUCACUGUAGAGCAGAUGAUUGGACAGCAGGACAUAACGCCUAUUGGUGGCCUGCUCUCCUCUUCGUCCUCCUCUCCUCCAGUCUCCUCUCCUUCCACCACACCCGGGGGCUCCGCCGCCUCCGCCAACUCCAGCCCGAUGAAGGAUGCUUCAUCUCCAGCGUCGGCUCAGCCUCGGACGGUCCGCCGCGCGCCCCAGGGCCCUCAGGCGCUGAUGCCUCUGCCUUGCAAGAAAGCUGAGGGGCUGCAGUACAACAGCUUCAAAUGUCCAGAGUGCCAAACACAAUUCUUGGGCAAACCUGAGCUGGUCACCCACUUCCAGCAGAUCAGAGCUGCUCCCAACUCAACAUGCACGCAAUGCUCGCCUCCCAUGAUGCUGCCCAACUCGUGUGCCGUGUCCGCCCACCAGAGGAUCCAUAAACACAGAGCGCCUCAUGUCUGUCCCGAAUGUGGUGGGAUCGCCCGCCAAGCCAGCUUCCAGACCCACCUGGAGGAGGCCUGUCUGCACUUUGCCAGGCGCAUUGGAUACAGGUGCUCGAGCUGCCAGGUCGUGUUCGGAGGGUUGAACUCCAUCAAGUCCCACAUUCAGACCGCUCACUGCGAGGUGUUCCACAAGUGCCCCAGCUGCCCCAUGGCCUUCAAGUCUUCCCCCAGCGCCCAGAGCCACAUCAGCACCCAGCACCCGACGCUCACCGGAGGACAGGCCAAAAUGAUCUACAAGUGUGUGAUGUGUGAUACAGUUUUUACCCAGAAACCCUUGCUGUACAUGCACUUUGACACUCAUUUAGCCAAGCAAAAAGUGCACGUGUUCAAGUGUCCUGACUGCACCAAGCUCUACGCCCAGAAAGGAUCAAUGAUGGAGCAUAUUAAGACCGCUCACAGAGGACCGGCAGCCAAACAGACAGAGUCUCAGUCCGACGCCUCUAACGCCGCCUCGGCCCCGGCCAACACGUCCGUUCCCUCCGGCCCCAAAUCGAAAUCCUCCGGAAAACCUGACAACUCUGACGGAGAGGACUGGGGGCGGGAGCAGGAGGAGGAGGAAGAAGAGGAGGAUGACGACGACGACGACGACGGGGACGAGGACUACGAGGCUCCGGGGGGGAACUCGACCGCCCCGGGGGCCAGCAGUCAACCCCCCGCCCAGACCGAGUGGACCUGCCCCCAGUGUCAGACCACCUUCACUGACAACGAAGACUAUCUGAGUCACGUGAAGACGGAGCACGGCAAGUUCCCGUGUCGGAUCUGUGGAGGCACGUUCAGCACGUCUUCCAGCCUGAGGCGUCACGAGCGUGUCAUUCACGAGGGCAACAAGAGGGUCUUCCAUUGCCAAUAUUGCACAGAAGGCAAACGCACCUUUGGUAGUCGGUUCUUACUGGACAAGCAUGUCCGGCUCCAUCACAGGACCACAGACGGACAGGACCGACCCAUGACGAGGAAGCGUGCAGCCACAGGGGGAGAAGGACCAGGUAGCUCCUCAGAACAGGACGGCGAGGGCGGACCUCCUGGAGGCAGGGCAGGAGACGAGGAAGAAAACGCCACCGAGGAAGGCGAGGAGGGCGCCGCGGGUCCCCCGGGUCCACCCGCUCCCGCAAAGAGAACCAGGGCGUCCAUCGCGUCGACAUCGCUGGCACCCAACGAGCUGGAGGAGGAAGACAACGUUUUCCGCUGCGUGCCCUGCGGCUUCUCCACCGAGGACGGGGCCGAGUUCCAGCGCCACAUCCCCCAGCACCGCGCCGACACCGCCUCCUUCCAGUGCCUGCAGUGCGGCGUCUGCUUCGCGUCGGCCGGCUCGCUCAGCAGGCACCGAUUCAUCACCCACCGCGUGCGGGACACCCAGGGCGACGCAGACCGCGGCACCCCGCGCACCCACGGCUCCCCCGACGGCUCGCCCGCCGGCUCCCCCGGGGCGCAGGGCGAGGACGGAGAGGGGAACCUGAGCUGCAAGGUGUGCGGGCGGCGUUUCGACAAGGCCUCGGACCUCAACACCCACUUCAGGACCCACGGCAUGGCCUUCCUCACCGCACACAAGACAGACAAGCCCCAGUAGAGGAGGGGAGGGGGCGGGUCCUCUGAGACUGACAGACGAGGAGGAGUCGAGGGUCACGACGGAGGAGGAGAGGCUGUAGAAUAUGAAUGUUGAUCCUGAGAUGAAACAGCUGCUUCCUGUGCAGUUUUUUUUUAGCCACCAUAAACAGUUAAACUCUAAUCUACGGCACCUCUUCUGUGCGAUUGUAACUGCAUGUUUGAUCAUGUUACUGGUCACUUAACUGAACACACCUGUGAUAGACUCUUGAGUGGAAACAGCCCCGAGCAAAGCAUUUAUAUAUCAGCCAUACUGUGUUUAAUACGUCUUGUCCUUCCCAUUUCAAUCACUCUGCACUGACUGUAGCCACCUGCCUGUUUAUCCAUGUAACACACGUACUUACAUUCACCUCCCGCUGUACUCCUGACAGCUGUAGUGCCGACAUUUUUUUGUACCUAACAUUGUCCAUUGUAUUCACACUCGUUUGCCUCAAGUCCAUUUUCAUUAUUCCAGGCAUGAGAUCAUUUUUUUAACGGCUCCUUUUAAGACUGAUCUCAAGACAUCUGAAGCAUGAAGGGGAUUGUUUGGAGAAAAUUAACACUGAUUUUUAUGUUGCUAUAAUAUUUAUUUAUACGAAACACAUGUACUGCUGUUGGUAUUUGUGUGAGUCGGUUGCGUCAAAAUCGUGCUAGACAUGCGAUUUACCCUGCAGCAGAGACCCGAGAUGAGAAUCUCUGAAGGCAUUUCAUUAGGAGACGAGGUUACUGGAGGUCUGUAACCUGUGUAGUGUGAAUAAUGUGUGAUGUUGUUAAUCGUUAAGCUAGAAGAAGAAGAAGAAGAAGAAGAGAGGUCAGGCUUCCUGCCAGUAGUAUAUGUGUACGUUUUGCCAUGUAAAUACAUAUUACACUAAAAGAAAGCGUUCUGGUUUUAGUAACUUGCUAUGAUAAUGUGAAUACGUAUAGUAUUUGUACUUGUACUGUUCCCUUUUUUUUUUCCAAACAAUUUGAAGUUUAAAAGAAUCCCCCCCCAGAGGUAGCUAUACAUUGUAAUUACAAAGCGGAGGGAGAGCGUGGGGGGUUGUGUUGUCUUAAUGUGUAUGAAUACAAAACGUUUAUCUCUUUGAGACGGUUCUUUUUUUUAUCUACAGAAUCAGUGCUCGCUGUACUCACAUUUCUUUUGUAUGUUUCAAAAACAGCCUUCAUGUUCACGUGACGGAGGCCUAAGAGUGGACUUCUUUUUUUUUUGUUUUUGUUUGUAUCUUUUAUAUGUCAUGAUAUCAUAUUUAUAUAGCUCAAUAGUGAAAACUUUUAUGUCAUUUUCUUUUCCAUGGUUGUGGUCUGCUUGCUGAAAUGCCAUACACUUUUUUGUGCUGUUUCGAAAUAAAUGUGUAAAAGAGACAAA